AUGUCGGCAGAUCACUCUAGAGACCCUUGCCCCGUUGUUAUUUUGAGCGACUUCGGUGGUGCGUUCGCCAUGGGUGUCAUUGGUGGUUGUGUAUGGCAUGGUAUCAAGGGUUUCAGAAACUCACCAAUGGGCGAACGUCAUUUGGGUGCCGUAAGCGCUAUCAAGGCCAGGGCUCCCGUGGUAGGAGGUAAUUUUGGGGUGUGGGGUGGUUUGUUUUCCACGUUUGACUGCGCUGUGAAGGCCGUCCGCAAGAGAGAAGAUCCAUGGAACGCCAUCAUCGCAGGUCUUUUUACAGGUGGUUCCUUGGCUAUCAGAGGUGGCUGGAGACACACUAGAAACAGUGCCAUCAUGUGUGGAUGUCUCCUAGGUGUUAUGGAAGGUGUCGGUUUGAUGUUCCAAAGAUACGCCGCAUGGCAAGCGAAGCCUAUGGCACCUCCUCUGCCCGAACCUCAGCAAGCGCAACCUCUAGGUGCUUGA